UUGAAAUCGUAACCGGAAGCUGUCAUGGCGGCUGGAUGUAGCUUGACAGCGGUCGACCGGCCGAAGUCAUCGGGACUGAGGGAAGACUUUACCGCCGCCGCCGCCGCCGCUUCUGCUGCCGCCCUCCCGUCCUGCUUUUAAACGAGAUAGUUCACCGAGACAAACAGACGAGUUUCUGGCGGAUUCGGCGGAUUUUAACGGCCGUGGACCCGCUCGUUACUUCUCCUCUGUCAGCGGUGUUUCGGAGUGCUCGCUCCCCCCGCGGCUGGCGGCUAGCAUCGGUUACCGCUGCUAAACAUGGUGGCCUGUCGGGGAGAACACAGAGCAACGAGCCCGGUUUGGGGAUUUUAAGGAGGAUCUAUUGAUUUUAAACCCGCUCGGACGGUUCUGACCGUGACACACCGCCGCUGUGGACACAUUCCCGGGGAGGGGUUUGACUAUCCGGGGGUUAGAGGGGAGGCUGGCUCCUGUGUUUACGCCGACAACAGCGCUCCAGCAGCCGCAGCAGCAGCCGCUCCAGCACCGUCCGUGUUUUCUGGACCGUGGAUAAUUGGGAGUUCAAAAAAAGGAAAAAAAGAAAAAAGUUGGCAUCAGACCGCCUCAAAGUUUCCCACCGGGUUUGAAAAAGUUGCAAAACAUGCUCCCACCGCUGGAAAAACGCCUCAAAUAGCAACACGGCUGAGUUUUGUUAGUGUUGUGUUUAUAUUACAGAUGUAUAGCGAUGAAUUGGUGCUCAUGUGCAGCCUGCUGGAGCCACCCCCCCCACUGAAGUAGCUUAUUUUAACACCCCCUCCUCCUCUGGAUUCAUCAUUCAUCUGUGGAUUAUUAUGGAUUAUUGUUAUUACAGCCCAAUCCAGCCCGUGCAGGAGCGGGGAUUUUGGGAAUAACCCUGAUUUUCAAAGGAGGAUGAUGAUGAUGAUGGUGACAGAGAAGAGCGAUGGUUUCCCUUCGUUAUGAUUUUGAGUAGAGAGGAGUUAAUUACAUGGAGACUCGCCUGACAUGCCAAGGAAGGAGUUGCCACUACCUGAGGGUUGGGAGGAAGCCAGAGACUUUGACGGCAAAGUCUAUUACAUUGACCACAUCAACCAGUGCACCAGCUGGAUCGACCCCCGAGACAGGCAGACGAAGCCUCUGACGUUUGCUGACUGUAUCGGGGAUGAGCUGCCGGUCGGUUGGGAGGAGGCGUACGACCCCGUUGUUGGAGCUUACUAUGUCGACCACAACACCAAGAGCACCCAGCUGGAGGACCCGCGGGCCCAGUGGCAGCGGGAGCAGGAGGCCAUGCUGCGGGACUACCUGGCCGUGGCCCGGGACGCCCUCAGCGCCCAGAAGGAGAUCUACCAGGUGAAGGAGCAGAGGCUCCGCCUGGCACAGCAGGAGUACCGGCAGCUGAACGACGCGUGGAGGGACAAGUCAACGUCGCAGACCAGCUUGAAUUCUAGAUCAUCCUCCUCCAGCAAGUACGACCCAGAGAUCCUAAAAGCAGAAAUAGCCACAGCCAAAAGUCGGGUGAACAAGCUGAAGCGGGACCUGGCCUGUAUGAAGCAGGAGCUGCAGUACAAAGAGCAAGGCUUCGAGACGCUCAAAGAGAUCGACCAGAAGGUGUCCAACAGCCCGUAUGGCUACAAGCUGCAGGAGGCGCAGGCCAUCCUCAGUGAGGUCCGCUCCAUCCGAGACGCCAUCAGCUCCGGGGAGAAGGAGAAACAGGAGCUCAUGCAGAAACUGGCAGUGCUGAAGGACGGCUUCCAGCUGGACUCGGGCUCUCAGCAGGAGCUGUGGGGCAGCAGCGCCUCGCUCGCCAACUCCGAGCUGUCCAUCCCUCGGCUCUACUCCGACGCCGGAUCCCAGACCGACAUUCCCGCUGAGUUCAUGACCAGCACCAACAAACUGGCGGAGAAGGUUCGCCUGAGUUUGAAGUACGAGGAGGCCAAGAGGAGGAUCGCCAACAUCGAGGUGCAGAUCGCCAAACUGGACAGCGAGGCGUGGCCGGGGCUGCUGGACCCCGAGCGAGACCGCCUCAUCCUCAUCAACGAGAAGGAGGAACUGCUGAAGGAGCUGCAGUACGUCAGCCCCCGGCAGCGGCUGGAGCCCAACGACGCCGAGAAGCUGGAGUCCGAGAAGAAACGACUGGAGAGAGACCUGCAGGCCGCCAGAGACAACCAGAGCAAGGCCCUGACCGAGAGGCUGCGACUUCACUGCAGGAGAAACAAGCUGGUCAGAGAGCUGGAGGAGAUGGUUCGACUCGCCACAUCACUACACACUCAACUCAAAAGCCUGUCGGCCAGCACCUUGUCCUGUUCCUCCGGCAGCAGUCGAGGCUCCCUGACGUCCAGCCGUGGCUCCCUGGCCACCACCUCCAGCCUGGGCUCCACCUCCUCCCUCAGCUUCACCGACAUCUACCUGGAGCAGCCGGAGCUGGCCGACCCGGACCUGCGCAACAAGCUGGACAGCCUCCUGCAGGAGGGCGGCCAGGGAGGCUACCGGCCCUCCAGCUCCAUCACCACCAUCCACGAACACGAGGUGGUGACGGGCCGCGGCGGGAGGGAUGCCAACAGGCCCGAGGGCAAAACUGGGGGAGUGGGAGGAGGAGACAUGGGGUGCUCUGCUGGAGGAGGAGGCGCAGGAGGAGGAGGAGGAGCGGAGUUGGGGUCGUCCAGGAUCCAGGCCCUCAGACUUUCAGAAACCCCUCGCUCCAUGAGCUCUUUAUCUCCGCGUUCGUCUCUUUCCUCGCUGUCUCCGCCGUGCUCGCCGCUCGUCACGGACGCUAGCUUCCUUCCUGAGACGUUUGCGGGCCAGACGGGGCCCGGCGGACUCGGCCUGGACCUGGAGCUCCACAGCAGGCUGGCAGAACUGGAGCUCAGCCUGGACUCUCAGCAGCAGAGACAGGAGGAGCACGGUGGACCAGGUGGGCUGGAGGAGAAGCAGAACCUCAACACCACGCUGGGCGAGGAGGUCAAAGACUCUGCCCCCCAGCUACGAGGGACGGGGGCGGGGCCAAAGAAGAUUGGCGUGACCUCGGCGGUGUCUGACGAAUCAGUGGCUGGCGACAGUGGAGUGUACGAGCCCUCAGAGCGAAGGCCGGGCCUCCCUGCAGACCUCCUCCUGAGCUCCUACGACGAGAGGCUGGCGCCGGGCUGCUCCCAGGUGCAGCUCGGCUUCCGCUAUGAGUCCAGAGACCAACGCUUCACCGUCUACGUCAUGCAGCUGUCCAACUGCAGCGCCCUCUGUCUGCCGGCUGACCAGAAAAUGUACGUGCGCGUGGUGGUGCUUCCCUGCGUGGAGGCGACUCGCUGCCUCUUCCGGACGCGUGGCUCUCCGCCUCAGGACGUCGUGGACGUCAACGAGGUGUUCGGCAUGCAGAUAUCCCACAGUGCACUGCGGCAGAAGACCCUGCGGGUCGACGUCUGCAACACCAGCAAGUCGGGCCACGAGGAGUGUCUAGCGGGAGCUCAGAUCAGUCUGGCUGACGUCAGCUGUUCGGAGGAGAGAUGCACCAAGUGGUACAACCUGCUGAGCCGAGCCUACAUGCCCGAGAUCAGCAGCAAGGACAAAGAGAGCAGAGCAGCAGGAGGCUCGGACCGGACUCGUGUUUCCAGCAGUGACAGAGUCAGAACUGCUGAGGACGACGAGUGGCAUGGCGACCCGCUGGACACAGACCUGUUCGAUGACGAGGAAGGAAAUGGCGUGGAGGGGGAGGGGCCUCUGGAGGAGGACGAGUUUUAUCCCGACAGCAGCCAAUGGGAAGCAGAGGAGGAAGAGGAAGAGGAGGAGAAGGCGACCAAACCUCCUCCUCCUCCUCCGACAGCAGCAGCAGCCGCCGCCGCCAUCACAGAGAAGGUGAACAAGGAGACAAGUAUGGACGGGCUGUCGUCGUCCCACCACUGCUCCGUGGUCCGGCCCAAAGAGCGCCGCCCGGACGUCCACCAGAACCCCUUCAUGAGAGGGAACACCAUCAUCCGCUCCAAGACCUUCUCCCCUGGACCUCAGAGCCAGUACAUCUGCAGGAUCAACCGCAGCGACAGCGACAGCUCCACCCUCUCCAAGAAGUCUCCGUUCGUCAGGAACGCCUCAGAGAGACGCAGCAUGCGAAUGAAGAAGCCUCCCGUGCAGGUCAAAGGUCUGGACGGUCUCCUGCGGACCUCCCUGGACCUGGAGCUGGACCUGCAGGUGUCUCGGACUCGGCAGGCCCGGCUGGCCCAGGAGCUUCGGGUGCUGCGGGAGCUGAAGGCUCAGCUGGAGAAGGCGAGGCAGCAGGGCCAGAGAGAGCUGCCGGCCUGGGUCCAAGAGGACGAGCGCUUCCGCCUCCUCCUCAAACAGGCCGAGAAACAGACUCGAGAGGAGCAGCUGCAGGAGAAGCGGGUGGAGAAGAUGAUGAGGGCAGCAGCCAAGGACGUCCACAAGAUCAGGGGCCAGAGCCGCAAAGAGGUCCCUGAGGUCCAGACCUUCAGAGAGAAGAUGGCGUUCUUCACACGAGCAAAGACCAGCAUCCCCGACCUGCCGGCUGACAACGUGUAGAGAAGCAUUUCAAAGUAUUUCCCUCCUUCCUCCUCCACCCUCACCCUCAGUCUUAACCUGCUGUUCCCCACACAAAUGAAGCAAACGUUUGGCGGUGUUAUGAAGAAUUUAAAAAUAAACAAGUUUAGUAGAGAAAAAAAAGAAAACGUGAAGAAACAAAUUUUUAAAGAGCUCAGCAUUUCUAAUGUGGAUAGUGUUCAUUUGUAAAUUAGCGACAGCACUGCUAGAGCUUCUGUUUUUACUUCACUCUUUCUUCCACUCUGUUUAUGGCAUCGUGUUUCUGUUACUAACAGGCUGUUUAUAGGCUCUUAGGUGUUUUAAAAUCAUUCCAGCACAAAGUCACACAGCUGCACAUGAAUGUACAAAGAGUUUUGUACUAAAAUGACACAUCAGGACGUAAAGGAUUUAAUGUGUAUUAGUAGCACAAAGUUAAAAUCAAAACAACGGUACUAGAGGAAAAUAAGCAUCUUGAACUGGUGAUGAAACAACCAAAAGUAAUGUGUUUAGGAGCGUUUUGAAAACUAUAUGCAGACAAGCACAAACAGCGUUCUUUUUUUUAUUAUUAUUUUGUUUGUUUUUAUCAUAAUUUCCUCUACAGAAGGCACUCUAUAACUUCCAUACAUGUGAAUAUGGAUCUGAGAGCUCCUCGAUUCUCCUUUAAUAAUCUGUUAAAGUCACUACAGUUUGUAUUUGAAACCAGCAGGGGAGCAGUUUGUUUCCUUUACUGUCUCCCUUAAGUUAUAAUCCUUAAGAUUUGUACACUUUAAAACCCAUUUUUAUGAUUUAAGGCAACAGUUUUACAGCAGUAGACGUAAAGUUGUCAAGUUAGAGGUGAUAUUUUGGUUAUUUUCUCAUAGAUAGCAUAGGUGACUGGCUACAAAAAACAGAUAAGUAUAUUAAAAGCCUGGUUGGUGGUGGUUCAAGCCGGAGGACAUAAGAACUGAAGAAAUUAAAUGAACUAUGACUCCCAUGGUUUAUCUCCGCAUAAAACAGCCAGUCUGUAGUUUUCAGUCCUUAAAAUCUGGAGGUUGGUGUCUCGUUGUCAAGACUAGGCCCAGGACUCGAGUUUGGACAGGUCCAAGUUAUGUCUACUGUUGUCAAAUCCCUUUCAGGCCCUGUCUUUCUUUUUCUAGCUAAAUUAAUUUAUACCAACGUCCUCUGCCAUGCCAAAGUUUCAUACUGCCCUUCAAAACUGAAACACAGCAACUACAAACUGUUUAACCAAAUUAAAAUUAUUAAGCCAUAGAAAUUUAAACACAGCUACACAGCUAAAGCCAUAUCAAGUGAAUGCUAGCUUGACAACAUCUUAUUUGUUCUUUUCUUUCACGUUCACAAAGGCAGAGUAGCGUAUCUGCAUUCAUAGGUGCAUGGUUUAAGCCAGGGGUGAAAUAAUCAGCCUUAAAUUCAAGACAUUACUUUACAUUAUAUUGUGCUGUAGUCACAUGUCUCAGCCAUUAGGGGGCAGUAUUGUGAAAUUACCCUUUUUAAAUCGAGGCAACCCCUCUCUUCCCUCAGUCCAUAAAUACAUUGGUUUUUCUUAUUUUGUUAAAUCGAUUUUGUUUUGUUAAAUCGACCACUAGGGGGCAGCAAACACAAUAUACAUGUUUACUGCCCCCUAGUGGUCGAUUCAUGCGUCAUUUCCAAAUGAACUUAGCUACUACAAGACUCCUGUCAUGAUGCCACAUAAAUCAGGAGUGAAAUCUUAAGGAUUAUAACUUUCAUAUCAAAUCAAACACUGACAGAAAAACUGUAUUUUUAUGUUUGAUUAAAAAAAAAGUGGGUUCACUACACGAUAACUCAGAGAGGAAAACUCUACAAAUGUGACUAUAUAAACUGGAUCUGAUGCUCCAAGAGCGUGGGCGAGACUUAGUAAAAAAAAGUCGUCAUGAUUGUCUCUCACCAAACACAAACAUGCACACACACACACACACACACAAGGCGUAGAAACAGCACUAACACUCAGGUAGUUGAUCGGAUAGUCUGCACUUUAAGAAACUUGAGGUAAAAAAAAGGAUAAAAAAGAACCUUGAUGUGGGUUUUUUUGGAAGUUAAAAGAAAAAAAGAAAAUCCAGAAACCUUUGCCUCGUGCUGGAAUGAUUGUUGAUUGUCGAAGCACUCAAUGAUUGUCGAAACACACACAGGAAGUGAAGAUCAAAUGUAUUUUUGAUGACUGUGAACUUCUUACUGAUUGUAUGAUUGUUAGACUGGAAGUGACUAAAAUCCCCCCUCCGAUUUCUACUUCCUCUGAUUGGCUGGUUGAAAUACGAGGUGAAAACUAUGUGUAGUCAGUUUUUGUAGUUUUAAUUUUUCCUGUUUCUACUCUGUAACUGGAUGUUUUGGAUACAUAUCUGAGUCAUGUCUCUUAUAACUGGACACUCUGCAGCUGAAACUGUACAAAGUCGACUCGUAUUAACGUGGUGCCCCAGCAAAACUGCACAUAUCGUCUUCAUCACCCUCCCAACAAGUCUUUAAAUCAAUAUUAUUAUUUAUUUUAUCCAUCUGGACCACAACUUUACUGUUUUGGUUCACUUCUACUGCUCUUAUUGCGACGUUUUAGGCCACCGUAGGAAGGUGUUAGCAUUAAAAAAAAGCUCUAUAAUCCUUCUGUGUUCUAACUAGUCAGUAACAACAGCAGUUAGAAACAGUUAGAAACCAGCUGGUGAACAUAAUAGAGCAUUUAUCAGCUAAAGAGCCACGUAAUCCCUUCAGGAAAUGGUGGAGGAGACCAAAAAUAGAGCUAAAAGUGAGAGAAUAUUGGAGUUUGAUUCAUCGGUUGACCAGAAACACGACUCCAAAUGUCAUAAGAUAAUUAUAAGAAGUUACUGGAUUGCUACCAGUUUCCAAAUACAAUGUGUAUUCCUUUGGGGUGGUCUGACAACAUAAGUUUUUUUUUUUUUUUUUUUUUUAAAGGAUUUACUUGUUAAAAUGUCAGGUAAAAAAUAAAUAAAGAGUCUCGCAUUCAACAAGGAAACAGGAAAUAUUGUCAGGAAAAAUAUGAAGAUGGAGCAGAAAAUGAUGGAAAAAUGGUUUUGAUAGAUGAAGAGUAACAAAAACAUGGAUUAUUACUCAUAGAUGAUACAGCCAAGGUUUAGAAACCAUUGGGGAAAGAUGAAGUUUGAAGUUUACAGUCUUAAAGUCGAAUUCAGGUCUUUCACCUGUGACGUUUUGCCAUCGAACGGAUUCACUUCUUGCUGGGUCACCAUGCCAAACUGGUGUUUUUGGGGUACGCUGUGGUUUUCAUAUAAUCAUCUUUCCAUUCCCGGUGUAAACAAGAAUGUAGCUUCAUAAAAAACCUAGCUGCUGCUGCUGCUGCUGCUGCUUCUGUCAUUCCAGAUGUGUCUCUUCAUUUUACUGUUUGCUUUGGAUCAAAUCCAGAAUCGAUCUUGUUUUUUUGUUUUCUGUGUUGUUCAUCUGUUGCCUUUGGUGUUUUUAAGACCAACAGAGGAGGUUUUAACUGUCUCCACGUCCUUUUUCCUUUAUAAUGUCACUCCUUUACUCCUUAAUUGAUCUCCAAAAAGUCCCAACAAUUAUAAUCAGUCAUGUUUUCCAAUAAAUAAAUACUGUAAAUGUUUGAAAUUCACCAAAAAAAAAAAAUAAAUAGUCACAACAUAUUCAGGUAGCAGUAGGAAUAUUUUGCACAAAGGUCUAUUAAAAUAAUAAAUAUCCCACACAUACUUAAUAAUAAUCAACCAACACUACGACUCAUCAUGCCUUGUAUUGAAAAAAUAUAUAUAUUAAAGAAAAAAAAGGUGAAACUGGGAACUGAAUCAAAUGCUGUGAGGACGUUGACACUGAGGCUGUGUUCACCCUGCAGGAAGUAGACCGUGGUCAAUACGUGAUAUCAGUCUGAACAGUCUUAGAUCAAUACCAAAGAUUUAUCACCUGAUGCUCAAACAGAACAUACAAUAUACACUAUUUAUUCUUCAUGAUAUGCUGUGUAUUUAUGGUGCCUUUUUUAAGCAUUGUCCCAGACAAAUUAAAUGGUAAAACAAAAAUAAUUGUACCUGCAACGUCCCUGGUCCAGAAAUUGAUAAUAAUGAUGACAAUAAUGUUGACAGUUAUCAAAAUUAGAUCUGACUGUUCAGACUGAGGUCACGUUGCCGCAGCAGAAAGUGUCUCAAAAUCUGAAUUGAAUGUUCAGAAGCUGAGAACCACCAUAUUUGCUGUUUUUUUUUUUUUUUUUUUUUUAAUUUCAUUGUCUUGAGAUCAUGAGUUAAUUAUUUCAUAUUCUUGAGAUACCAAAGCCGUUUUCCUAUUAAAAUGAAUUAAAUAUUUCAGGAUCUCGGGAUAACAAAGCUCAUUUUCUUGGGAGAAAGGGUGAAUUUAUCUUGUUAUCUCAAGAAAACGAAUUGUUGAUUUCUCAAGACAACAAGAUAAAUAAACCUGUUGUAACGGGAAAAUGAGCUCCACCACCGUGAGAUAACAAAAUAUUAAACAAUGCUUGGUUUUGUAAGGAAGUUAGUUUGUUACAUUAUCUCAAGAAAACAAAAGGUGAAUUUUCAAGAUAAAUUAACAUGUUAUCACAACCUUUAUUAUCUUGCGAUAACAAAAUAAUUGAGUUUAGUUUCAGUUUCACAAGAAAAAAAACAAGCUUUAUUAUUUCAAGAUAACGAACUGAUUGACCCGUUUUAUGAGAAAACCUAGCUUAGAAAUCUUGAGAUGAUAAAAUAAUUAACUUGUGAGCUUGAUAAUGACAUUAAAAAAACAAACAAAAAAAACAAUUGAAACUACAGCUGCUCUUGGCUUCCGUACGCAAAAUUUCCACACUAAGAGUCAUGUGAUCUCCUCCUGCGAUGUGAAUGCAGCUGUGUGGGACUCUGUCAGGGCCGAGGGUUUUACUGUAGCAGGAACACUGUGAAAUGAAUGAAAGCCUUUGGAGUUAUGUGAGAGAGUGUGCCUUUGGAGAGCAACGUGUAAACUGUUAUUCUACUUUUAUUUUUGUUUUUUUGUUCUUUUUCGUGUCCAAACAUGGCCGCCAUCAUCUGACCUGAUUGAAGAAGCAGGAACUGUGGAGAAACGUUUGCAUUAAUUUUCUAAAUGUAAACUUUUUUUUUUGUUCUCCUCCACUGUAGAGCUAGUAGAUUUAAAGAAUAGGACUCUCUGUAGUCUGAGGAACAGUACUGUCUGUUUGUCAUGAUCGACCGAAUGUUGUUUAACCUUUAAUCAAACAAAAGACUCAUUUAUAUGUAACAACGUCUGGAUGAAGGAAUGUAGGAUUUUUGCUACAAGAAAUCACGAUCAUUCAGAGAUAAAAAACAAAUGCUGUUAGUCACAAAUUAUUUUUUUCAUCAUGUAGGUUGUGAUAUAAUUCUUGUCUGUUUUUUGAAGUUCAAGUGCAUUUUUUUCCUCGUUUGAUGAUUAUUUUUUUUAUUUCUAAUGAAUCUGUUUGUAUUACGACUGGCGAUGAACCUGGUAAUGUGUAUGGAGGCGGCUACAAGAAACAUACAGCAUGUAUUUAUUGCACUUUUGUGAUUUGGGUGUGCUUUUCCUGUUAUUUCUUUUUAUCGCGAGAGUCCCGAAAAGCUGUGAAUUUUAUUCUCAGACACUGUACUGUCGACCAGAGUUGUAAAUAUUUCACCAGCACAAAAAAACAAAUAUGUUUUGUAGUUUCACAACAAAUAAAAAAAAGUUCUUCUCUUCUA